AUGCCUCUAAAUUCAUAUGGAUCUUCUAUCUGUCCUGCCUGGCUUUGCGACAAGAUCCUACGCACACAUUCUCCCCCUCUCGAGCGAGGCAAGAUCUCAACUGUCGACCUGAUCACACUCGACACGCUCGAGAUCGCGAAACGCGCUCAUGUGCCCCCCGCAGAUGUGCGGCGGCUGGCCGCUAGCAUCGUCGAGGCUUUGCAUGGCGACCUGGGCUUUGAAAAGACGCCGGUGACGACGGCGCUAAAUGGAGAAGAGAUCCCCAGCUCGAGCAUCAGCGCUGAUCUUGUGAGCCUCAAUCUUGGCCCGGCCACAAAGCUCGAGCCAUCCCGAUGGAACACAAUCAGCACCAUAGACCCGGCUCUCGAUGAGGUUCUAGGAGGCGGAAUUCCUACUGGAUAUGUGACGGAGGUGACUGGUGAGAGUGGUAGCGGCAAGACCCAAUUCCUCCUUAGCCUCCUCCUUGCGGUACAACUGGACAAGCCCCACGGGCUGAAGAAACGAGCUAUCUAUAUCUCAACCGAACAUCCACUGGCGACGGUGCGCCUAACUCAGCUGAUUGAAUGCCAUCCAUAUCUCUCUAGUCUGCCCGCCGACCAGGCGCCGUCAUUACAAAAUGUCCUCUCCAUUAAUGCCAUGGACUUGGAGAGUCAGGACCACAUCCUCAACUACCAGCUACCGGUCGCUAUAUCACGGUACGAUGCCGGCCUGGUCAUCAUCGACUCCAUAACCUCGAAUUACCGCGCCGAACACUCCUCUAACAACAUGCUUGCGAUGUCAACUCGGUCCACUGAACUUGCAAAGCUGGGUCACAUGCUGCGAAAUCUUGCUGCAAAGGAAAAUAUUGCCAUCGUGGUUGCGAAUCAGGUGUCCGAUCGCUUCGAACCCGCGGAAGGAAAUGGAAGUGACUCUUCCUUCCGACCAGGCUUCCCAGCUGUUCUGAGUCAAAGCGCUGCUCUGGCGGCAAGAGAAUCUGCCAAUGCCUCACCACUAUCUAAAGGCAGAACAGAUUCGGGGCUUACCGAUAACCUCAUUCCUUCAUCACCUCCUGCAUCUUCUCAAUUCGCUGCCCAAGAGGAAGACCAAUUUGAUGGUUCCUACAUCAUCAACAAUCCCGCUCGAAGCAGUAUACUGAGUCUCUUUCACCAAGAGCGGUUCUUCACAGGUUGGGGUGACGAUCUGUACUCUGAGACUUCCCUUAAGACCCCGGCUUUGGGCUUUUUCUGGUCCACGCAGAUUGCAUGUCGCAUUGCUCUGAAAAAGGACGAUACGCGUCCUCCAGUUCCCCCUUGGGAUAAUGCCGGCUAUCCUCUAUCUACCCCCAGGGAACAGACAGACCUCCAACCGCAAAGUCAGGCAGAGAAGCCACUGGCUCAUAAGCCCGUCGUGUCCACUGCUCGUGACAUUCACACAACGGAGACAAGCGAAACGGCGAAGGUGCAUGACCGGAAAUACCAGUCCUUGAAUCCCUCCGAGAAGCCACUGGCUCAUAAGCCCGUCGUGUCCACUGCUCGUGACAUUCACACAACGGAGACAAGCGAAACGGCGAAGGUGCCUGACCGGAAAUACCAGUCCUUGAAUCCCUUCGAGAAGCCAGUUGUCUCACAGAAGCAGGACGCUUCCGAAGUCCCGGGGCACAUCACACGGCGAAGAAUGAAGCUUGUUUUCGCUCCCUGGACAUCAGGGUCGGUGAAGUCGCCGAAAGAAGAAGGUGUCGCAGCGACACGGAACAAUGAGAUUGAAUUCGAGAUCUGGAAAGGUGGGCUGAGGACACCACUUUCCGAUGGAUGA